AUGGCGCCCAACAUUCCUUUGCUGCUGCUAACAAUAAGCCUCGCCCUGCUGCUCCUACCACCACUCCCCAUCGUGGCCAUCCAUCCGGAUGCGCUGCAGCCGUUCCUAGACAGAGGCUCCACUUACUCGCUAGUGUCAUUCCGCCUGGCCGGCGAGGUGGCGGACCUGCAGCGUGACUUCCUUGCAGCCGCGACGAGGAACAGCGCAAAGAUGCUAGAGGGGCUGAAGGUUGCGGCGAAGCAGACAGGCAAGGAGCUGGAUCCACCCGAGUGGAUCCUCGUCGACCUCAUCACGACUGAGGGCGACGAGGAGGAGGUGGAGUCCACGGUGGCGGUACGCAACGAUAACCUCUAUAUCGUUGGAGCCACCGACGACGAGCACGGGUGGCACUGCUUCGCUGGGACGGAGACGCUCAUCAACGGGUGUUCCCGUCUCGGUUUCAACAGUGACUACGAUGGCGUCAAUGGCAUGAUGGCGCGAAAUGACCUCAUUAACGUGCCGCUCGGCCGCGCGGCGCUGGAGAAAGCCGUGCGGGACAUGCGUGGCUACCGCGCCAACCAGCCGCUCGACGGCGCCGCUCCAACCACGGAGGCCAGCAUGAAGCUGGCGAUGGCAACAGCAGCGCUUACGAUAAGCGAGGGGGCUCGGUUCACCUAUGUAAGUGCACUCCUGAAAGCUGGAUGGGAAUCCGGGACCCGCCUCCUGUACCCGGAACGCCUUGUGUAUUGGUCCCGGAUUAGCUGCGCCCUGGCCAAAGGGUGGGUGCAGGGGACGGCGGAGACGGUCAGGAUUGCCAUCGCCUUCGGCAUACAGGACGGGAUCGCAGGGAAGGAGUGGGCGGCGGGGCUUUUGAACGUGGCCAUCUACGGGAGAGCGUGCGAGAAAGAGAUUGACGCGUUGCUCUAG